CUCUCUAUCUUUCAUAUUGUGAAUUCAGCAACAAAUUAAUUCAUCAAAGCUUAGUUUGAGUUGAAGAUUCCUAAAACCAACCAUGGCUUCCAUUGCUGCUUCUACUGCAGCUGCUUCACUUGGAAUGUCUGAAAUGCUUGGAAAUCCAGUUAAAUUCAGUGGUGCAACUAGGUCUGUUCCUUCAUCUUCAACUCCAUCUACCUUCAAAACUGUUGCUCUUUUCUCCAGGAAGAAAGCAGCACCUCCACCAAAGCAGAAAGUGGCUACUCCGGCCAGCGAGGAACUCGCCAAGUGGUAUGGUCCUGACAGAAGGAUCUUCUUGCCAGACGGUCUCUUGGACAGAUCUGAGAUCCCUGAGUACUUGACUGGAGAAGUCCCUGGAGACUACGGUUAUGAUCCUUUUGGUCUAAGCAAGAAGCCCGAAGACUUUGCCAAAUAUCAAGGAUAUGAGUUGAUUCAUGCCAGAUGGGCAAUGCUUGGUGCUGCUGGAUUCAUCAUUCCCGAGGCCUUCAACAAAUAUGGAGCCAACUGUGGUCCUGAAGCAGUUUGGUUCAAGACUGGAGCUCUUCUUCUUGACGGGGGUACGUUGAACUACUUCGGAAAGCCAAUCCCCAUCAAUCUUAUUGUUGCUGUUGUUGCUGAGGUUGUUCUCUUGGGAGGUGCUGAGUACUACAGAAUUACCAAUGGAUUGGAAUUGGAAGACAAGUUUCACCCAGGUGGUCCAUUCGAUCCAUUAGGGCUAGCAAAUGAUCCAGACCAAGCUGCAAUUCUUAAAGUGAAGGAAAUUAAGAAUGGUAGACUUGCUAUGUUUGCCAUGCUUGGUUUCUUCAUCCAAGCUUAUGUGACAGGAGAAGGUCCAGUUGAGAACUUAGCAAAGCAUCUCAGUGAUCCUUUCGGAAACAACUUGCUCACCGUCAUUUCUGGAAAUGUUGAGAGGGUUCCAACUCUGUGAGGAGUCAAUCAUUUUCAUGCUUUUUAUCCAAUCUUGAAUGUGUACAAUACAUCUCACUUGACAUUAUUAAGGCAUUUUGCUUUAUUUAAUGGAAGCCAACUCACUCUUGAAUUUUAGUGCA